ANGGAUGGCCAGAUCCGAGAAGGGGUGAAUGCAAAUCUUCAGUCCUUUAUUCAUGAAUAUGAAGAGUUGGAGGACAUCAAAAUUCCUCAGCAAAGAGGAAGCCAAUCUUCAGAAGCCAAUGUCCUAAUUGAUGAAUUCCUUGACAAGUCUUCUAAACUCAGGCACAAUUUCUUUCCUGACCGGAGAACUAGCAUAGACCCUCGAAAGAAUACUAAAGAUGACAGCUUUUACUAUUACCCCGGGAGAAUUUGGUUAGAUACUGAUGGACAUCCAAUUCAAGCUCAUGGUGGUGGAAUUCUUUAUGAUAAAAGAUCAAGAAUGUAUUAUUGGUAUGGCGAGUACAAGAAUGGUCCUACUUAUCGAGCCCCUGGGAAGAACAUAGCUCGAGUAGACAUAAUUGGUGUUGGCUGCUACUCUUCUAAAGAUUUAUGGACUUGGAAGAAUGAGGGUAUUGUAUUAGCCGCGGAGGAAAUGGAUGAGGCUCAUGACCUUCACAAGUCUAAAGUGUUAGAGAGGCCUAAAGUGAUCUACAAUGAGAAGACAGGUAAAUAUGUAAUGUGGAUGCAUAUCGAUGAUGCUAAUUAUACUAAAGCCUCUGUUGGAAUUGCCAUAAGCAAUUCCCCUACUGGUCCUUUUCGAUAUCUAUAUAGUAAAAGGCCUCAUGAUUUUGAAAGCAGGGACAUGACUUUGUUCAAAGAUGAUGAUGGAAAGGCAUAUGUCAUUUACUCCUCUGUUCACAACAGGGAGCUUCAUAUUGGUCUUCUUGAUCAAGAUUAUGUCGAUGUUGCAAAUGUUAUGUCAAGGGUUCUUGUAGGUCAGUAUAGGGAGGCACCGGCCUUGUUCAAGCACAAAGGAACUUACUACAUGAUCACAUCAGGGUGCAGUGGUUGGGCACCAAAUGAGGUGCUGGCUCAUAUGGCUGAAUCAAUUAUGGGACCAUGGGUAAGUAUAGGCAACCCAUGUAUAGGUGCAAACAAAGUUUUUCAAGUCACUACAUUCUUUGCUCAGAGCACAUAUGUGCUCCCUAUUUCUCCUGGUUCGUUUAUUUUCAUGGCUGAUCGAUGGAAUUCAGAUGAUUUGGGUGAGUCUAGGUAUGUAUGGCUUCCUUUAACUGUGGAGGAAGAAGCUAGCAGUCGGCGACAAAGAGUAUCUAUCUUUUGGCAUAAAAGAUGGAAGCUUCUUAAAAGUCUUGUUUAGAAGUAAGCUUAUAAUUUUCUUCUGAAACAGUGGUUAUUCUCAUCAUAGAGUAGUUUACUAGCCUUUUAUGAAGUAUGUACAAUGUGAAGUGAUACAAGCUGUUUAUCAAAAUAACUUGUUACCUUGUUGGAACUAGAAUUA